GGGUGUUUGAUGCUUAACUUCGGUUAGCAAUAUGGAAUAUUUUAAGAUGCCCAAAAGUUGGGAUCGUAAGCAUGAGUGGACAUACGAGAUGGAAAGUGUACUUAUAUUACUUAUGAUGGAUUUUCCUUUCCUAUGGAACUCGAACUAUGGAUAUUUUAAUAGAUUUGAUAGAAGACAUGAUUGGAUGAUGUUAGUCUGUCGAAUGAGAAAAAGGUUCCCCCAAAAUUCUUAUAUGUUUUCUGUAGCUGCAAUCAAGAAUAAAUUCCAUCACUUGAAACAGAAUUAUCUUUCUAUGGUGCACCGGCAAGACGCAUUAAGGAAUGUACCAUGCCGCAGAAGCUUAGGGCAUUAUGAUGAACUUUCGCUCUUGAAAAAGGCCUUUGAAGAAAGGAAUAAAGUGAUUGAUCUGACUGAGCCCAGUGGAUCAUACUAUGUACGCUGCGUCGAUCAAGGAGUCACAACUUCUAAACAAGGCAGCCUUGAGAAACCAGAAGAUGGUGCGUCAUGCUCUCCAUAUUUCUCAACGUCCCAACCUAUCUUAUCUCAAGGAGAAUCCUUGCAAUCACCACUUUCUUUGCCAUCGCAAAAUUGUCAGGACGAGAGUGUUGAUACAGUUGGAAGAAUGCGUGUCCCAAAAAUCGAAUCGUUGAAAUCAUGUGCUUGUCGAUGUCAUUACGAAGAUUCUGAUCCCGACAGAGGCGAUGAAAUGUCAAAUAGAAACUCCUCUUCUCAGGAAGCAGAGGUUCCGACAGAAGAUGCAAAUGCUUCAGGUUUUUCUGUAAAUGAAGAAAAUCAUGAAACAACUAAUCAAGAAAAUUCAAAUUUGCCAGCUGUUGAAAUAGUUUUUUCACCAAACACUCUUGAAAAUUUAAGAUUGGAUAACCAACUUGAUUCUUUUGGAAAUUUCGUUUCGGCAUCCUUAAAGCGUUUCUGUUUGGAAAAUCGAAAAAGGAUGAUGCUUGAAAUUUGUAACAUGCUACUAAAUCCAAGAAUUUAAAAUCUAAUUAUUUUCCAACAUUGUUUUGUGAAAGCAUAUGAUUAUAAUAAUGGUGAGGGAUACUGUUACA